AUGCGCUUGACACGAGUUCUGUAGUCAGUGGUAUUGCAAGACGCGUGUACAUCCUACACAUCGACGACAACGAGUGCAGAUAUCAUAUGUAGAGAUAGAAUGAGAGAAAAGAAAAUGUAGAAGCCAUGGAAGCGAACAAGGAGGGAAGAGAGCAGCAGCAACAGGAGAGGAAAGCUGCUGAUUCUGAUGGAAAAACGACGUCGUUGGUUGAUCCGAUGACUAAGGCUAGGGAAGUGCUUCGGGAAGCUAUCAUCACUGAAACUGGGGAAGGUGGUGACAAUUCUGGGGCUGAGAAAGAAGAAGCGGCGAAGAAACAUCCUGACCAAUUUCUAGUUUUCUCUAGGGCUGUUCACAACGUUGAUUCUUCUCUUGAAUGAAUCAUAGGUCUCCCCGAGAGAGAGAGAGAGAGAGAGUUCCCAUGAUGAAUAUAUGAGGGGGGCACUGUAUUUGACAUUUUAAGUG